AUGCGCCACUUCGACACCUGGGUCCUCCGCGACCCCUACUCAAUAUGGCACUACUACCCCACCGGCCAUAGAUGGCGCGACACAGUCCGCGACCUCAUCCACACACGAGCAAUCUGCAGUCCAGAAGAUCUAAACAUACAAGGUGGUCCGGCUCCAAUCGACCCCGGGGCAAGACAAGCCAAUCAGGAAUCAUCGCCACUGCUCCGUCUCCCAGCUGAAAUCAGACUCAUGAUCUGGUCGUAUGUCCUCACAGACACAGACACACCAGAGACAAACCCACAGACUGUCCAUCUUGUUCAAAUCAAGGGAAAGAUUCGACAUCCCACUGGCGUCACACGCCCUCCCUCCUCCCCUCCCCCCUCCCCAACAAUCCAAUCAUCAACCCAGUCAACAACAAUGACCCCCCCCAAAACCCGCCUCCUCUACCCACACACGCACCCCCACCUCCCUGAGUCCCUAACAACCCUAACACCCUCCUUAUUGCGAACCUGCCGCAAAGUCUACCUAGAAGCCGAGUCCAUUCUCUACAAAACAACCCUCUUCGACGUGGACGAUCUCUACACCUUUAUCGCAUUCGCAAAUUCCCUUUCGCCAACAGCCCGCCAUUCAAUUUCAAACCUGAAUGUCCAGUGGAUGCCCAUCUGGACGCCCAUGGCGGGCUUGGAUCAUAAGGGGAGCAUCUAUGCCCACACCCACAGUGAUGAGCUUUGGAGGCGGUUUUGGGGGGUUGUUAGUGAGCUGGGGGGGUUGAGAUUUUUAGGGUUGGGGUUGGAUCUGGGGGUGCUGAGUGCUAGGGAUGUUGGUAUCAAUGGGAAUGGGAAUGGGAGCGGGAAUAUUGGGGUUGGGGUUGGUGGGCAAAGGAUUCCCUUUGGGAUUGAUGAGGCUUGGGUUAGACCUUUGCUUAGGGUGCGUGGAUUGAAGGAGUUUGAUUUGGCUGUUUCGGCUAGGUGUGAUGCUUCUUCGAGGGGUGUUGUUGAGGGGAAGUUGGUUAGGGACGUUGGUGUUCUCAAAGGCGAGUUAAAGAGGGUUUUGUGUUUACCGAGGGAGAAGCUGAUGGAGAGGGUCGGGGAGUGGGAUUGUAAGAAGGGGAUGAUGGGUAGGAGGGUGAGGCUGGCUAUUACUGCUGCUUAG